GAUAAUAUAAAUAAUAGCUGUAGUGCAAUUAAUUGUUUGUUAAUUUACUUUGAUUAAUCUAUAAUAUAUUGAUUUGAGUGAAAACAUGUUAAUUAUUUUUGAGUUCAAAGAAUAAUCGACUGAAUGGAUAUUCCCUAGCUAUACUGGUUGUUGGAAUUUAACCAUAGCGAAUUUUUAAGAUAUCUCAAAAUUUGAAUUAAGAUGACUAAAUUAGAAGAAAAACAUAAACAAGAGGCCUGCGCGUUUCUGAGAGAACGAUAUUUAUAUUUGCUUUCACAAUGUUAUGAUGGAAAAAAAGAAUGCAAAAUACAUAUGUAUGAAAACACUCAAACUCAAGGGACAAUAAAAGCAGUAGAUUCCAAUUUUGAAAAUAUUAUGGUCAAGAAUUUAAAGACUUAUUAUCCUCCACCAAUUCAGAGUGCUGUUUUAAGAACUAGUGAUAUUAUAACAAUUUCUUUUAGAUAAGUAAUGUUACCUGGAAUAAACAAACUUUUAUAUUAUUAUUUACAUUUAGAAAAAUAUGAGAGUUUAACUAGAUGUAAAAGUUUUUUUAGUAUUCUAUUUUGUAAUUUCAUCAAUAAAGAAUAACAUAUUUUUUUUAGUC